GAGUGGUUGACGGGGAGUGGGUAGUGUGUAUCUGUGUGCACACGAGAGGAGCAAAGGAGAGGAGCGAAGGAUAAAUAGGUAGGUAGGGAAAUGGACAGAUAGUCAAGAAGGUAGGAGAAUGAAGGAAGAGAAGGCGUAUGUGGGUCAGGAUGAAAGAUGUCGGUAGGCGUCAUGUAGAGUGUAGGGUCCGGGCUGUCGAGGGAAGGAUAGGAUAAGGCAUAUUUUUGACGCUGACAGAAAGUGAACUUCCUUUGACCGAACGCGGGACGUGAAAGCGGUCAGGUGCGUUAUGAUAGCAAUGUGUGAGUAAGCACGCAGAAGGCUGUAAACAAGCGGGAAAGAGGAGAAGAAAAGAUGCGGAGGGGAGGUAGGGAUUGAACGAGGGAAGGAAAGUCGCGCAAUAGAGACGAAAGAAGAAUACUCUAUAUUGUAGAUAGAGCGAAUGGCUAGCGGAGCCUCCGGAGUGAAACGGUGAACAGGAGACGUGCAAGAUUAGGGAAGAGAGGAGGUAUGAUCUUUCUAGGACCGAUUUUAUACAUCCGCACGCAAAAGAGAGAGAGAGAGAGAGAGAGAGAGAGAGAGAGAGAGAGAGAGAGAGAGAGAGAGAGAUGAUCUAGCUCACAACUGGCAUUUCGCGGGUGUGAUGAUUUUGAGUGGUUAAUUGGUGUUCAGUAAUCGUUGUGCUUCGCGCUCUGAACCCGGCGAGGACGACUGCUAACGGCUAUUGUUGACUAUAUGUAUUGUAUUUGUUCCGCUGACUAUCGCAUAGACGCAUGCUAGUUCUGCUAGUAGGCUGGUCGUUCGUUUUAAUCGCUGGAGGGAAAAAUAGGAGGGCAGUUGCGAUCGUGCGUGUCAUUACAUGACGUCUUUGUGGUGGACACACGAGCGCUGUCUAGUAGGAUGAUACAGUAAACCAUAUGAAUUAGGAAGAAAGUGACGUCAACAUUUAAUAGAGGAUUGCCCAUGUGUACGUGGUGGCUUUAUCCAGCUGGCAACGAGUGUUCGGUGCUGUCGGGUUACAGGUACCUGACACUCGAACCCUGACAGUCGAGGACGCAAUUUCAUAGUUCUUCUCAGGACAAUCCUUUAGGGUGACAUCAGGAAACUUGCGUGCCUGAGAGAGAGAGAGAGAGAGAGAGAGAGCAUGUACAACAGUUGUAGAUCUCCCUUUGCGCAAGGUAUUUAUUGUAGUUGUACUCGUUAAUGCGGUGGUUCGCCACAUUUUUAUUGGCGUCCUUACCGGAACCAGUGCCCCUGGUAAUCAAGAGGGUGUGUUGUUUGCCACAGAGAGAGAGAGAGAGAGAGAGUAAUGUGGGAAGUUGUGUUUGUCAGUUUAUGGCAGGGCUGAUUUGUACGAUAGGUUUCCAUUGAGCAAUCAGGAAGGAAGGAGAGGGCUGGAACCAGUUUGAUUGGAUUUCGCGAUGUGUUGACAUCAGGGAUAUAGGAGCGUAACAGUAAGCACAGGGUUAGUUGAAUGAAAUAGUAUCCAGCAAGUGUAGUGAAGUGUCUGGAGCGUCGAGUCGUGUUGGUUUGGCGGGAGUCGAGGGUUUGUGUGCGGGAAGGGGGGUUUUAUUGUGUGAGGUAAGGGUCAAAUCUAUCGAACCAAGGGACUGCGCGCCAUCUUUGGGGGCCGAUAUGGAAGCGGGAAGUGCGCAAGGAAGUGGGUCCAGCUCGAGUACGAUUCCUGUUUUCGCUCCUCCUCCUCCUCCUCCUCCUUCCACCUCUCCUCCUCCGCUUCCUCCUCAUGCUCUUGUCCAUCGUCCGACUUCAUUCAGCACGAUGAGUAUGCCGCCUCCUCCGCCUCCUUUCGCCUGCGUUUCUUCUUCCUCCGCUCCCUCCCCCAUGUUCUUGUCUUCCUCCUCUUCUCCUUCUCCUUCCUUCUCGUCGUCCUCCUCCUCCUCCUCGCCGUUCUUUUCUUCCCUCUCUCACGCUUCUUUCUAUUUCUCCUCCUCUUGCCCUUCUUCUUCUUCCUCCUCCUCCUCCUCCUCCCUUAGCGUGCCGAUUACCGCCACUCCUGCCGCUGUUCCCGUCGGUUCUGCCGAGCGGGAGCCUUCUUGGCUGCUUGUCAAGCAGCUCAUCCAGCUGGCCAAAAACGUUUCCAAGAUCGCGGAGUCGACAAAGAGCCACAAGAAGUUCUGCGUGACCUUGUCUCGUCGUGUAAAGAACAUCGUUCCUUUCCUGGAAGAGCUGCGUGAUCUGAGGUCCCCUCUGCCUCCGGCCGCCACGGCGUCCUUCAAGGCGCUCGAGAUCUCUUUCCGCAAAGCCAAGACCCUGUUGGAAGAGUGUCGAGACGGGAGCCGCAUGUUCAUGGUGCUCAACAGCGAAGCCAUGCUGAUAAGGUUCCAUGACCUAACGGCGGAGAUAUGUGGUCACCUGUACGAUGUCCCUCUGAACAUACUAGAAAUUUCCGACGAGACGAAGGAGCAGGUGGAACUGGUGAGAGAGCAGCUGAGAAGAGCCAAGAGUGUGGUGGAUCUGAAAGAUAGCAGUUUGUUCUCGGAGUUGAGGAACGCGAUGGAGGGCGUCAGGAAGGGCGGCACGUGGGACGGGUCGCGGCUCACGGACUUGGCGCGCGGACUGGAAUUGAACACACGAUCGGCGAUUCAAGCAGAGAUGAAGGCGUUGGAGAGAAGAGGGGAAGCCGCCGCCGCCGCAGCCGCAGUAUCCGCAGCAGGAGGGGGAGGAGGAGGUGGUGGUGCCGUGGGAGGAGGAGGGGGAGGAGCAAUCAGGAGCAUGCCGCCUGUGCUCGGCGGGGGUUUGGCGGGAAACACUAGCGGAUGCAGCAUGAGCACAGGUACGAGCGGCGCUACGAAUUCCCUUGCAUCAGCCGGUGCCGCUGCCCCCGGAGGAGGGGGCGGCGGCGGGUAUUCCACCCUGGGGGGGGUCGUCAACGGCGGCGCGGGUGCGGGCGGCGGCGGCGGUGGAGGAGGGGGAGGAGCCGCGGACCUCGAAGAUGCGGAGUUGAAGUUGAUGAGAGCGUUGUUGCAGAGGAUGAGCAUGUGUUCGACCGGUAUGGAGCCCGACUCCUCCGAUCUCGUGGGGUGUUCGUCUUCCGCAUCGACCUGCCCUGGGCUUUCGUCUCACAAGACUCUCCCUCCGGUUCCGCCUGACGACUUCCGAUGCCCGAUUUCGUUGGAGCUGAUGAGCGAUCCCGUCAUUAUUUCCACCGGUCAAACGUUUGACCGCGCGUGCAUCCAACGCUGGAUCGACUCCGGGCACCGUACCUGUCCCAAGACUCAGCAGCCGCUCAGUCACUUCACGUUGAUCCCUAAUUACGUGUUGAAGGGCCUGAUCAUAGCGUGGUGCGAGGAGAAUGGGGUCGAGUUCCCCCAGAAGAAGGGUAAUCAAGGCCGCGGGGCGUGCGACGGGGGUGAGGCCACCGGAGAUCGAACGCUUGUUGACGGUUUGCUCGUCAAAUUGCGCCAUGGCACGGGCGAAGAGCAGCGCAAUGCGACCGGAGAACUGCGCCUUCUGGCGAAGAGGAGCAUGGAAAACCGCGUGUGUAUUGCGCAGGCGGGCGCUAUUCCGAUCCUUGUGCACCUGCUAAGUUCCGCUGACCCGAAAACGCGGGAACACGCCGUUACCGCGCUUUUGAAUCUAUCAAUCAACGAGAGUAACAAGGGCGCGAUCAUGUCGGCGGGAGCGGUGCAGCCGAUCGUGGAAGUGCUGAAAUCGGGGACGAUGGAAGCGCGGGAAAACGCCGCCGCUACUCUGUUCUCUCUCUCCGCUGUCUCCGACAACAAGGCACCGAUUGGCGCGGCCGGAGCCAUUCCCGCGCUCGUCGGGCUGCUUCAAGAGGGAGGCACGCGCGGGAAACGAGAUGCGGCAACGGCUCUUUUCAAUUUGACAGUAGCUCCUGUGAAUAAGACGAGAGCUGUGAGGGCAGGAAUUAUUCCUCCGCUCAUGGAAUUGCUAACGGAUCGAACGAUGGGGCUUGUUGACGAGGCUUUGGCAAUUCUGUCGGUGCUGGUUACGGCGCCGGAAGGUAGGGAGGCUGUAGGUCAGGCGGCGGCGGUUCCCAUCUUGGUCGAUCUGAUUAAGGAUGGAACGCCAAGAAAUAAGGAGAAUGCAGCGGCGAUUCUGCUCGCUCUGUGCUUGAACAACGCGGUGCACAAGGAGGAGGUGCUCAAGUUGGGAGCGGGCCAACCGCUCAGUAACUUGCUGCUCUCCGGUACAGCACGGGCAAGACGGAAGGCCAAGGACUUGUUAAGCCACUUGCAGGCGUCGUCGGGCGUGACGGGAGGAGACAGAGAUGCUUAUCAUGGCGCUGCAUCGGGAGCGAACACUGGGCAAAUUGCUGAAGACAUGAGGACAUCGCGUUGACGUCAUUUCUCUUUUUCUUGUUUCUCGUUCUUUUCUCUUUUCUUGUUCUUUUCUUUUUUCUUUUUCUUUUCUUUUUCUUUUUUUUUUUCUUUUUUUUUUUUCCGUUCUUUCGUUCGCACUCACUCACCGAUCCCCGCUUCCCGUUCUUCCCAUUGCGUUCUUGCUGAAUUAUGUUCCGCGCGGUGCCAACCUGCCCCUCCUUUCUUCACCCAACUGAAGUGUCUUAUCAGUCGGGUUGACCUUCUGUAUCUUUAUCACUAACACUGGGUGCGUGAGUGAGUGAGAGAGAGAGAGAAAGAGAGAGAGAGAGAGAGAGGAGCUACAAAUUGUAAAGAAGUCUCUCGAGUUCUUUUGUGUAUCAAUGCUCGAUCGAACUUGGUUAGCGAACACACGGCAGGAGAGAGAGAGAGAGAGAGUUAGUGCUUUCCGAAAUUCUGCUUUCUAUGUAUUGGCCUUGAUAUCCGUGAUAGCCUAAUGAAUGGUUGUUAAAUCGCUGUCGAAUUUAUUCUGCAAUGGAUAGCCUGAUUUCUUUUACAGGUCUGAGUCGUGAGGAACUCAUAGAAGGCUUUAGAAGAAUGCGGGUGUGUAGGCCAAAUGGGGCUAUUUGGUGGGAGUGAGGAGGAGAGGGAAGGAGGUUAAGGGUGUAGUAUAUGCUGAGUCGUGGAGAUAUUUGGAGGGAGGGACGAGCAGUGGGGAAGAGGUUAAAAGCGUAAGCAAGUCUAGAUCGUCGUGCUGUGGUUCGAGUAGUGGCGUUUCUUUCGGUUUCCUGUCUCUCUCAUCUCUUCUCCCCCCUUUCCUCCUGUUUCCCAUCUCUUCUCCCCCCUUCCUCCUGUUUCCCAUCUUUUCUCCCCCCUUUCCUCCUGUUUCCCAUCUCUUCUCCCCCCCUUCCCUCCUGUUUCCCAUCUCUUCUCCCCCCUUCCCUCCUGUUCCUCAUCUCUUCUCCCACCUUUCCUCCUGUUUCCCAUCUCUUCUCCCCCUUUCCUCCUGUUUCCCAUCUCUUCUCACCCUUUUCCUCCUGUUUUCCAUCUCUUCUGCCACGUUUCCUCCUGUUUCCCAUCUCUUCUCCCCCCUUUCCUCCUGUUUCUUGUGUCUCCAUUCUUGCUUGUUUCUCAUCUCCUUUUCCUCCUGUUUCUACUGUCUUCAUUCUCUCUUGUUUCAUCCUCCCUCCCUUUUCUCCUGUUCCUACCCCUUGUGCCCACUCUCUCUCCUUUCCUCUCUUCCCCGUGGUCCCUCUCCUUACUGCGAUAUCUCUCUUCUUCCCUUGUUUUUGCUACAUUGUGUUCAUCGUACUCGUGAUUGACCCCUGUUUCUUCUUCCAUGCGUAUAGACAUCGUCCUCUUGAUUGACCCCUUUUUCAUGACGUAUAGACAUUACCUGUCGCACCUCGCCUCU